AUGGAUCAGUCGUCCUUCGUCGCCGCCGGCCUCAAGCGCAAGAACGCCGCCCUCGGCUGCGGCAGGGAGCUGCCCUCGGAGGCGGUGGGGCUGGGCUACGGGGCGAACGACGGCGACGGGGAGCGCCGGGUGGUGGUCGGCGAGAUGGACUUCUUCGAGACGGAGAUGAGGAAGGAGAAGCGGGACAAGAAGGACCAUGCCGCCGCCGGCGCGGCGGACGGCGAUCUCGGCAUGAAGCCCGACCUCACCAUCGACAUGGGGCUGCACGUCGGGGGCCGGAGGAGGAACAGCGGCAGCGAGGAGUCCACCGUCGACGACGGCGUCUCCUCCAACGACGAGGACCACAGGGAGGCCAAGGCCGAGUUAGCGGCCGCAAAAUCGGAGCUGGCGCGGGUGAACGAGGAGAACAAGCGGCUCAAGACCAUGCUCGCCAACGCCAACACCAAGUGCAGCUCCCUCCACAUGCAGAUCGCGCUCAUGCAGCAGCAGCAGCAGCAGCACAGGAGCAGCCAUGGCCACGGCCACGCCCACCAGUUCGAACCGGAGAAGAGGGAGCAGCAGCUCCUCCUCGACGCGGGGAACCACAGCCAGCUGGUGCCGAGGCAGUUCAUGAGCCUCGGCUCCUCGUCGUCGCCCGACGAGCCCCGCCCCGCCCGCGGCACCGACGCGUCGCCGAGCAGCAACCCCCUCCUCGCCGUCGGCCCCGACGCGGCCAUGGACUGCGCCGGAUGCCAUGACAUCGUCGGCGCGGGCAAGGCGGAGCUCAUGCCGCUGCCGUCGUUCGAGCACCACGGUCACCACGAGAGGGGCGGCAGCCCGGAGGCCAUGCAGGGCUGGCUGCCUAGCAAGGUGCCCAAGUUCCUCCCUGCUGCCAAGGGACCCGAGCCUCCCCCGCCUGAGGCUGCCGCCGCCGCUGCCACCAUGCGUAAGGCCCGCGUCUCCGUGCGCGCCCGCUCCGAAGCCGCCAUGGUACGUGCGCUCCUCGUCCUCGUCGUCAUCCAUGAAAUCAGCGACGGAUGCCAGUGGCGCAAGUACGGGCAGAAGAUGGCCAAGGGCAACCCGUGCCCGCGCGCCUACUACCGGUGCACCAUGGCCGCCGGCUGCCCGGUGCGGAAGCAGGUGCAGCGCUGCGCCGAGGACCGGACGGUGCUCAUCACCACGUACGAGGGCAACCACAACCACCCGCUGCCGCCGGCGGCCAUGGCGAUGGCGUCCACCACGGCAGCCGCGGCCUCCAUGCUGCUGUCCGGGUCCAUGCCCAGCGCCGACGGGCUCAUGGCGGGCGGGUCCAACUUCCUGGCGCGCGCCGUGCUGCCCUGCUCCUCCAGCGUGGCCACCAUCUCGGCGUCGGCGCCGUUCCCGACCGUCACGCUCGACCUCACGCAGACGACGCCGGGGCAGGGCGCGUCGCCGCCGCGCGCGCCGGAGCCCGCGCAGCUCCAGGCGGCGCUGGCCGAGGCGGCGCGGCCGGUGUCGCUGCCGCAGCUGUUCGGGCAGAAGCUGUACGACCAGUCCAAGCUCUCCGCCGUGCAGGCCGUGGCCGGCACCAACGGGGACGGCGGCGCGCAGCUGGCCGACACGGUGAACGCGGCCACGGCCGUCAUCGCGUCCGACCCCAACUUCACCGCCGUGCUCGCGGCCGCGCUCACCUCCUACAUCGGCAGCAGCAGCGGCAGCGGCAGCGCAGGAGGUGGCGCCACGGCCGCCGGCGGGAGCAGCGGCACGGUGCAGCCGCUGGUGAGCAGCGGCGGCGAUAGCUGCAGUAGAGACGACACGGCCGGCUAGCUUGAUCAAGAAGACCUUGGUCGUUUGCUCCCUUCCAAUUUUGCUUCUUUUUGCUUGGUUCAGUCAAAUUUUGAUCAGGGUUUAGUCUUGGCAUUCUCUUUUGGUUAGUUUUGCACACCGCCGAUCUCCCCUCCGGCGGCCACCCCGCCGGAAUCGGAGGAGAUGAGAAUUUUUUGCUUGGGCAUCUGCUCCUUUUAUUAGUUCAUUUUGUGUAGGUGUAGCAGCAGCGGCAGCAGCAGCUUUGGGGUAACAAAAUUUUGUGGUAGAUUGAUGAGAAUAUAUGAGGUGGCUUUAGUUCAGACCUUCAAAUCAAGAUGCUAUUCAAUCAAGAUAAACUGUUUUUACUGAUGAUUAUCUCGAAGAUGAAAUUAACCUCAGAACUCUGCUCCUGUGAUCCCACAGACCUGGCCUGAAUUUUGCAAAGCGUCCGUUCACAUUUCGAAGCAGAUGAACACGGGCAGACAAAUUCAUGGAACCAAACAGCCUGAAAAGGCGAGGCGGAUACCUGGGGGUUUGGCUCCAUGAAGUGUAAAGCAACUUCAGCAGACAAACAGAGGAUUGAAGCAGCACUGCAGGCUAUCUACAGGGACAGAGCUGAAAUAUGAUUUGGAUGUAGAAACAGCUAUUCCAUAGUACACCAGAUGUCUACAUCAAAAUUUGGUAAGAGUUCCUGACUAAUAACUGAUCUAAUUCAACCUGCAUUUCAGCACCUAAAUACCUCAACUCAACAGGGGAAGAAGAAAAGAAAA